UGCAUGAAAGUAAAGCUUCAGCUCAAAGCGACAUAUCAUAGUGGCAUAUCUAAAAAGUAGACGAAGUAUUGAGAAUGAAUGAUCGGGAACUCGAUCUUACGGAGGCGCAGAAAGCAAUAAAGGCAAAAUACCCACCCAUCGUCAAGAAAUAUGAGUAUUUGGACCACACAGCUGAUGUGCAGCUGCACUCUUGGGGGGAUUCUCUGGAGGAGGCGUUCGAGCAGUGUGCCAUGGCCAUGUUCGGCUACAUGACGGACACGGAGACGGUGGAGCCCAUCGACACAAUCGAGGUGGAGUCAGAGGGGGAUGAUAUGGAAUCCCUCCUGUAUCAUUUCUUGGAUGACUGGUUGUUUAAAUUCAGUGCAGAUGUGUUCUUCAUCCCCAGGGAAGUGAAAGUUUUGCACAUUGACAGGAUGCGUUUCAGGAUUCGUUCCAUCGGAUGGGGAGAGGAGUUUGACCUUGCGAAGCACCCGCAGGGGACAGAGGUGAAGGCCAUCACAUACUCGGCCAUGCAGAUACAUGAUGAGAGCAAGCCGGAGAUCUUCGUCAUAAUCGACAUAUAAAGGAGAACUCCCUUCAGUGACAUCACAGAAGUGAGGCCAUUGUCCGUCUGGAAUGUGCAUCAUGGCGGGAAAGUGUGGGACUGAAAGGGAGGACCCCCGGCACAACGAGAAUGUGUAAUGUCUGGCUUUCCAGCCGCGGGUGCCUUUAUAUGAAAUGUGACUCCUUAUUAAAACAAGAAAUCAAAACAGCUUGUGGCUUCGGGAAGAAAAUUUGUUUCACUCCUUGUUCUUGCAACAUCCCUUAACCAGUGAAAACUGCAAAAUCUGGAACUGGAUCACAACGCUUCUUGACACGUCAAAUCUUUUGUACUAAAUGGAAACAUGCUGACCCUCAGUAUACAGAGAUUUAAUGUGCGAGUUAUGUGAGGAAACGCACUGCUAUAAUAUCUCUGCUCCUUAAUACAGCAGAGUUCUGUGUCACUGGGCAAAGUGAGCACGGUGGCAGCAGAAAUCUGAGUGAAUGGAGUAGGAAGAAGUGGGGAAACCAGACUCAUUUCAUUUUAAGCCUUACAGGUGGGAUGAAAGCUUAGUGCGCUGUAUUCUUUCACUGCUGACUUUUCUUACUUGGUACUUUGGGUCCCAUUUUGUUUAUUACGAUUACAGUAAUUACUGCAAUCUGUAGUAAUCAGUAGGUCUCGGAAGUGUCAGAUUACAGGCAACAUGCAGGCCAUGGAGAAACUAUUCUAAAAUGGAGCUUUUGAGCAUGUGGAAUUUAGGGUUCUAAGUCAAGGUUUUAUUUUUUAAAAACUUCCCAAUCAGAAAGUAAGGUAUUUGAGAAUUUAAUUUAUAUAAUGUGGAAGACUGUAUUUUAAGACCUUUCUCUAAGUGAAAAUUCUGUUUCGGUGUCAGAAU